AUGACGGAACUCGCAGCUAGAAAUUAUCUGGAACGGUCUCGCCAUGAUCGACGAGUCGAGCUGGCCAAGCUCGCUCACGACCGCCACGCGAAUCUGUCUGUUGUCAUGGGGCUCUCCCUGCGGGUGCAAGGGCACCAGGCCCACGUCGACUACACGGGGGGUCUCGACACGGCGAGGAUCUACCGGGGGUUGACCUCUCCGUUUUCGUCGUCGGGAGACUCCUUUCUAUCGCGGAUAGCGCAUUACUUCUUCUCUCCGGAUGUGCUGGGAAGGAAAACGAAGGCUGGAUCUGAGCACGUAGUGCCUAGAAGAGAAACAAGAGGAGAAGAAGGGGGAAAGAAAAGGGAUGUGAGUAGUAUGAGCUGUUGGAAACUCGCGGUUGCAAAGGCUGCGCCCGUUGAUCUGCACGGCUUGGGCGCGUCGAGGUUGGACGCGGAGACGGCUGGGGAGUAUCAGGUGAGAAUGCGCGCUGCGCGCGAGAAGAAAAGGAGGGAUUUCGCGCCUGUCCUGGCGCGCGUUGAUAAGAGCGCCCUCGCGAACCUCGCGCGCGAGCUUCUCGAGCAGCGCCGUCGACGCAGGCUCUCGGGGCGCGAAGCCGUGGAUCCGGUGCCGCUGCCGGGGAUUGGGGAGCCGACGUUCGGGAGCGGAUACGUGUUUUAUGGGCUUCGGUUCCCGCGGGGGAUUGAUGGGAAUGCGGAGGGUGUGCAGUGGAUUGUGAAGAUACCUGCGGCUACGUCCAGGGAUGACGGGUGUGGGUGGGACGAGCUUGCUUGUGAGACGCUUCGCUCGGAGGCGUUUCUGCUGCACAUGCUGCGCGAGGAGACGGAUGUGCCCGUCCCCGAGGUCAUCGACGCGGACUGUCGCCCGAAUAACGAGGUCGGCGUGCCGUGGCUGCUGAUGGAGUAUGUUGAGGGACGACGGCUCGAAGACGUAUGGUUUGGACGGGACGAAGGGAGGACGAGAUGCGAAAGCGGAGAUGGGGAUUCGCUGAAGCAGAGGAGGGAGACAAUACUGAGGAAUGUCGCGAAAGCUAUGUUGGAAUUGGGGAGGUACGAGUUCAGCACUGGUGGCGCGCUGGUGUUUGAUAGACACCACGGCGAACUCGUUACUACCACCACGGCGCCCCUGCGCGAAGUCGACGUGAAAGCUAUGGUUCUGCGCUGGUUCAGCGACGAGGAGUGCUCGACCUUGCCAUUAUACUGCCGGACUGGACCCUGGGGACAUCCCCGGGAUAUGUACACUGCCUUGCUGGAUGCCUGGCCGCCCGACACGGUGGCCGAAAGGGGCGUCGAUGGGUUGUUGAGACUACUGCUCGGCCUGAUUGAAGAACCUGGCACACAAUCGUCGACGGAGUGUGUCCCUUGUGGCAUGGCAAAAGGUGAAAAAGGGCGGCAGACGAAAAUGAGGAAGAAAUUCGUCCUCACACACCCGGAUCUUAGCAUGCGCAACAUCGUCCUCGCCGAGGACGGCACGACCAUCAAGGCCAUACUCGGCUGGGACGGGGCGCGGGCUGCACCGAGGAGCCUCGGGAACGAGGCGUUACCGCGCUGGCUCGUCCGCGACUUCAACCCGUUCGUCUGGGGAUGGGAACCCGCGGCUGAUUUCUGGCGACUAGAUCAGCAUGACGCACCUGCGUGUAAUCGCUUCGAGGACCCGCCUUGGGUGCUCAGGGAGCUCAGAGGGUUUUAUGCGAGCGCUAUGUGCGAGGAGAGGGAAAGGCACAAGAGAAAAGUGAGGAAGACACAUGUUACUGAGGGUGAGGAUGCUGAUCCUCAAAAUGAUAACUCCGGAGACGAGGACAAUGGCAAUGUCGAUACUGACAUCACGAAACAGUCUCUCCUGACGCUGACCUUGGACGCGGCGAUCCGGGACCCGAGAUGUAGAGUUUCAGUGCUGAGACGUCUGUUGGAGAAAUGCUCUCGCCCGUUUGAGGAGUUGGAUUUCGACUUCUUCGUAGAUACGCUGGGAGAAGGACACGAGAUGGAUCCUCGAAAGAUGAAAUAUCUCGUCAGUAAUAUGAAGGAAUUGAUAGAUAAGGGUUUCGUGAGGGGUGCUGUUGUAUGGUAG